AUGUCCAAAAUUGAUUGGGAAUAGAAACUCAAAUGUUAUCACGCUUUAAAAGAUAAAAAAUCGAUUACGAACAUGCUUUAAAUUAAAACAAAAAAUAUUAGAUUAUCACCAUCAUUGGUAUCAACAACAAGAGCAGGAACUGAACGAAAUUCUUUUCGACAUAAGAGAUUAAAGACUCCAAUGGAAGAUGGAAUAUUGUAAAUCAAAACUAGUAGAUCGUAAUAAGAGGUAUCUCCAUUAAGGGACGUUUGUCCUUGGAACACUCAGACACCAUUACAGAAACUCAUGAAGAUUGAUAAAGCCACAGAGAAGGAAAAAAAGGUUUUACAGUAAUUUAUAUGCAAUAAAUGGCUAAAAGAAGUCAUUUUAAAGAAAAGCAUUCAUGUGGCUAUUCCAAAAGAAUCCGAAGAGGAGAAGAGAAUUAGACUAUAAGAAUUUGAGACCUCUGAACAUCAUCGAUAGUUAAGAAUAUAGCAAUCAUUAACACCAAGCAUGAACAAAAUGGAGAAGGUGUUCUGCAAAAUAAAAAUCUUUUGUAAGUUAGCAAGUU